CAGUCCCUCCUUCCCACCAUUACAAAAUUCCCACCUCAUUCACCCUGACUCACUCCCCCACCACACUCUCUCUCUCUCUCUCUCACUCUCCUUCAUCCUCAUUCCUUUCAUGGCAUUCCCACUGCAAAUCUCUCCUAACUAAACCCCACCUCCUUCUCUCCAAUGUACUCCCCUCUCUCUCUCCUCUUCCUUCUCCUCCUUUCUCUCUCCUCCAAAUCCCAUUCUCAACCCCAACAACCCCCAAACGACGCAGCCUCCCUUCUAUCCUUCAAAUCAAAAGCCGACCUCGACAACAAACUCCUCUUCACUCUCAACGAACACUUCGAUUAUUGUCACUGGCAAGGCGUCAAAUGUCAACAAGCUCGCGUUGUUCGUUUCUCUCUCCCUAACUUCUCUCUUCGCGGUACUUUCCCACCCAACUCUUUAACUUCUCUUACUCAACUUCGUGUUCUCGUCCUCAACAAUAACUCCUUAUCUGGUCCACUCCCACUUCAUCUCAACUCUCUUACAAAUCUUCGUUCUCUACUUAUCCAUAACAAUCUCUUCUCUUACUCUCUCCCUCCUUCUCUUUUCUCUCUUUACAAACUCCGUGUUCUUAACCUUGCUUUUAAUAACUUCUCUGGUAUUCUAUCUCCUGAUUUCAUUCUUCUUGACCGUCUUACUUCUUUAAACCUUCAGUUUAACAGCUUUCAUGGCGGUAUUCCUCGGUUUAAUCAAUCUGGGCUUAGAUUCUUUAAUGUGUCUGGUAAUAACUUCUCUGGUAAGAUUUCGGAUACUGUUACUUUAUCUCGGUUUUCUCCGUCUUCUUUUGUUUUGAACCCUGGUUUAUGCGGUGAGAUUGUUAAUAAACCUUGUGAUUCUCUAUCUCCUUUCUUCGAUUCUUCAUCAACAACCACCGGAAAACCGUCGUCUUCUUCGUCUAAUGAGUCCGGCUCUCUUCUCUCUCCUCCAUUGACGAAAUCACACCGCCGGAAAACGAAGGUGAUUGUUCUAGGUUUUUCAUUAGGAGGUGUGUUGUUAAUCUUAUCUCUUCUCUUCAUGAUUUUCGCGGUCAAGAAGAAAACGACGUCGUCGUCGAGGAGGAGAGAGAAUGUGAGCGAUGUUGCUUCAUCUGGUAAUUCACACACGACUGAACAAGGUGAAAUUAGGGUUAGGUUAAAUUCACAUAGCCAUGAAUUAAAGGAGAAAUGCAAACAAGUGGUUGAAGAAGGAGGUGGUGGUAAAGUGAGGAGAGAGAAAAGUGGAAAUCUAGUGUUUUGUGGUGGAGAAGUUAAUCUCUAUACAUUAGAACAUUUGAUGAGAGGUUCAGCUGAGAUGUUAGGAAGAGGAACCAUGGGAACUACUUAUAAAGCUAAGUUGGAUAAUCAAUUAAUUGUGACUGUUAAAAGGCUUGAUGCGAUGAAGAUGAGUGGAGUUAAUGGUGAGAUAUUUGAACGGAUUAUGGAAAUUGUUGGAGGUAUGAGACACCCUAAUUUAGUUCCUGUAAGAGCUUAUUUUCAAGCUAAAGAAGAAAGGUUAAUUAUCUUUGAUUAUCAACCUAAUGGAAGUGUUUUCAACCUCAUUCACGGAUCAAGAUCAACACGGGCAAAACCUCUCCACUGGACAUCCUGUUUAAAGAUAGCCGAGGAUGUAGCUCAAGGGCUUGCUUACAUCCACCAAGCAUCUAAACUCAUCCACGGCAACCUCAAAGCAUCAAAUGUCCUUCUAGGCACAGACUUCGAGGCUUGCAUAACAGAUUACUGUAUUGCUGCACUAUCAACAUCAUCUUAUGACACCGAAGAUCCCGAUUCUGCAAGAUAUGUAGGUCCGGAGGCUCGAAAUUCAUCCCGAAUGGCAACUCCUAAAACAGAUGUCUAUGCUUUUGGUGUUCUCUUGCUUGAACUUCUUUCAGGUAAACCUCCUUCUCAACACCCAUUUCUUGCACCUCAUGAUAUGCUCAAAUGGGUAAAGACAAUGAGAGGAGAUGGCGACAGCUUUGAAGACAACCACCUUGCAAUGCUCGUUGAGGUAGCUACUUUAUGUAGUUUGACAUCUCCAGAACAAAGGCCGCCAAUGUGGCAAGUGUUAAAGAUGAUACAGAAAAUAAAGGCCAGUGUUGGCUCUGAUAAUGAUGCUAUUAAUCCCACAACAGGAUAUUCAUAGUGUUGAAAAAGUGUAUUUAGCUGAAGUUAGAUGCAAGCGAAGUUUUGGUUGAGCCAAGCAGAAAAGUCCAUUUGUUAAUUGACAGAUCGGACCGAUCAGUCGAUCACAUUUGAGAUCUUGGUAUAUGUGGGACAUUAUAGGUUAUGAUUGGGAUCACUGCAGAAGGUAGCAUGAAAGUGACUUCCAUUUUGUAGGUAUUCUAUGCAACGACAAGGUCCUUUAACUUGGAGGAUAUUAGGACUCUUGGUGAGUAAAGGAGAGAUGUGAUCAGUACCAGAAGUGAAAUGAACUUUUGAGUAGCAUGUAAUGGUAGAAAAUAGAAAAAAGAAGAGGAUAUGUAAUGCAUGAAAAUUUUGAUCUAGGGGAGGUUUAUACGACAAAAAACUGUCAUGUAUGUUCGCUACUUUGUACCUUGAAUCCAAAAUCACGUUUUCUGGAAGUUUAAUUUUCCCUUUUUGGAAAUAAUGUAUCUUCACUCUAAGCACGGAUUUCGUAUAA